AGAAGAAGAAGGAGAAGAAAAGGCCAUGACGUGCACCGGAAGUAGAUCUCGUAUCGUAGAAGGCGCCAUGGCCACUGUAGUAGUUUCUCACAUAGCCUAUUAACCGGUGAGAAGCGGAGCACAGGUCAGUGUCUCCUUUUGAUAAAAUUGGGACAGGAAGCGACAGCUGAGGGAACCUGCUCAUCAUGAGAAGUGUGCUGAUGGUAGCGGAGAAGCCGUCCUUGGCUCAGGCCAUUGCCAAAAUCCUUUCUAAAGGAAACUGUACAAGCCGCAAGGGGCUCAAUGGGGCAUGCUCAGUGCAUGAAUACACCGGCAUUUUCCAGGGCCAAACUGUACACUUUAAGAUGACUUCUGUUUGUGGGCAUGUGAUGAGUCUCGAUUUUAUUGGGAAAUAUAACAACUGGGACAAAGUAGACCCUGCAGAACUCUUUAGUAAAGCUCCUACUGAAAAGAAGGAGGCCAACCCUAAACUCAACAUGGUCAAGUUUCUUCAGGUUGAAGCCAGAGGCAGUGACUGUGUGGUUUUGUGGUUGGACUGUGACAAAGAAGGAGAGAACAUAUGUUUCGAGGUGCUGGAUGCCAUUCAGCCAGUGAUGAAUAAGGGAAGUGCCAGGAGUGUUUACCGUGCCAAAUUCAGCUCCAUUACCGACACUGACAUCUGGAAUGCUAUGAACCGCCUGGGAGAGCCCAACCGCAAUGAAGCUCUGUCAGUAGAUGCACGGCAAGAGCUGGAUCUGCGUAUUGGAUGUGCCUUCACCCGGUUCCAAACAAAGUAUUUUCAAGGGAAAUAUGGCAAUCUAGACUCCUCCUUAAUCUCCUUUGGUCCGUGCCAGACCCCAACCCUUGGCUUCUGUGUGGAACGCCAUGACAAGAUCCAGUCCUUUAAACCAGAGACUUACUGGGUCAUCCAGACAAAGGUUUUUAAAGGAAAGGAGAGUCCACUGACACUGGACUGGAACAGGGUUAGGGUCUUUGACAGAGAGGUGGGUCAGAUGUUUGUCAACCUGGCCAAGACAUCCAGGGAGGCGCAGGUGGAGUUGGUGAGUAAGAAGGAGAAGACCAAGCAGAGGCCUCAAGCCUUAAACACAGUGGAGAUGUUGAGAGUGGCUAGUUCUGCCUUAGGCAUGGGUCCCCAGCAUACUAUGCAGAUUGCUGAGCGCCUAUAUACACAGGGCUACAUCAGCUACCCACGUACCGAGACGACCCACUACCCAGUGAACUUCGACCUGAAGGGAACACUGAAACAGCAGACCAACAACCCCUUCUGGGCAGAAGAGGUAAAAGUUCUACUUUCAACUGGAAUAAACCAACCCAGGAAGGGCACUGAUGCUGGAGAUCAUCCACCUAUUACUCCCAUGUGUGCUGCCACGGAAGCAGAACUAGGAAGUGAUAGCUGGCGGCUAUAUGAGUACAUUACCCGGCAUUUUAUUGCCACUGUAAGUCAAGACUGCAAGUACCUACAAACCACUAUAGAGUUCAGCAUUGGCACAGAGGCAUUCUCGUGUAGUGGAAGAACCCUUAUAUCACCAGGUUACACAACUGUAAUGCCAUGGCAGGGCAUCCCUCUGGAAGAGUCCAUACCAGUAUGUGAGCAUGGAGACACUUUCUCAGUAGAUGAGAUCAAGCUGAUAGAAAAGCAAACCAGCCCACCAGACUACCUGACUGAGGCUGAACUCAUCACCCUCAUGGAGAAACAUGGCAUUGGUACUGAUGCUAGUAUCCCAGUCCACAUCAAUAACAUCUGCCAGAGGAACUAUGUGACAGUUGAAAGUGGACGCAAGCUGAAACCAACCAACUUAGGCAUAGUCCUGGUACAUGGCUACUACAAGAUAGAUGCAGAACUGGUGCUUCCCACUAUACGCAGUGCUGUGGAAAAGCAGCUGAACCUUAUUGCGCAGGGUAAGGCCAACUACCAGCAGGUCCUACAGCACGCCCUGGAUAUCUUCAAGAGGAAGUUUCACUACUUUGUUGACUCCAUUACCAACAUGGAUGAGUUGAUGGAGGUCUCCUUUUCUCCCAUUGCUGCUACUGGGAAGCCGCUGUCCCGCUGUGGCAAAUGCCACCGCUUCAUGAAGUACAUCCAGGCCAAGCCCAGCAGACUCCACUGCUCUCACUGCGACGAGACCUACAGUCUUCCCCAGAAUGGAGCCAUCAAGCUUUACAAGGAGCUCCGGUGUCCACUAGAUGACUUUGAGCUUGUGCUGUGGACUUCUGGGGCGCGGGGAAAGAGCUACCCCCUGUGCCCCUACUGCUUCAGCAACCCGCCAUUCAGGGACAUGAAGAAAGGUAUGGGAUGCAAUGAAUGUACCCAUCCAUCAUGUCAGCACUCUCUCAACUCCUUGGGCAUUGGACAGUGUGUAGAGUGUGAUAGUGGAGUUUUAGUGUUGGACCCCACAUCUGGACCAAAGUGGAGGAUGGCCUGUAAUAAAUGCAAUGUGGUGGUGCACUUCUUUGAACAUGCACACAAAGUGCAGGUUGCUCAGGAGAGCUGUGAUGUCUGUGAUGCCUCUCUGGUUGCAGUGGACUUUAACAAGACUCGCACUCCUCUUCCUGCCAGUGAGACCCAACACACUGGCUGUGUUUUUUGUGAUCCAGUGUUUCAGGAUUUGGUGGAGCUCAAGCAUGCCACCAUCCGGCAUUCCAUGCACCGUGGUGGGGGUGGGAGAAGAGGAGGACGUGGACGUGGACGUGGACGUCGUGGCAAUGCUAAAAAACCUAAAGAUAAAAUGGCUGCCCUAGCUGCUUAUUUUGUAUAGUUUCUGUGUGUAUUGUGUUCUUUUGCAUGUCAUUAAAUGAACUGGUUUUCCUCUGAUAAUGAAUCUAAAUAUACAUUAAAACAACUAGUAUUUUUUUUAAUCAUUUUCCCCAUUUUGUUAAGUGCUUUGAGUGGUCAGGUAAAGUUAAAAAGAAGCACUAUAUAAGAACUAGAACCAUUUGUCAUUGUUACUAAGCAUCUAAAAGACACAUUCACCGAGUCACACAUUACUUUAUUCUAUGCACUUUUCAUUUAUCAUUCACACUUAAAGCCGCUACAACAACAAUUACCUAAAGGCACUUUAUAUUGUCAGGUAAAGGCCUUACAAUAAUACAGAGAAAACCCCAACAAUCGUAUCACCCCUUUGAGGAAACGCUUUGGCGAAAGUGGGAAGAAAAACUCUAUUUUAAAAGGAAGAAACCUCUAGCAGAACCAGGCUGCACCAAUAAGCUUAACUAAAUUCAUCUCAAUAUUAAUUUUAACUUUUUAUAAACUGCUAGUGGCAUUGUAAACAGGCUAACAUUUUGGCAUUAUUUAGUCAGCAUUCCCCAAAAACAAUUGUGAAAAAGUUUGUUUCUUUUAACUAACCAGUUGUUAUUUUACAUGUAGUUUAAACUGCUUUUGGGAGUGAUGAUGAUACAACAUGGGAACAAAUUCAUGACUAGGUGUAGCAGAGUAAUGGUCAACCAACAGACUUAACACACAUGACAUGCAUGCUGCUUAAUUGGGGGUAAUUGACUCAUUCAGUGAAAGGGGUGUGUUCAAAUUAAUAGCAGUGUGGAUUUCAGGUCAUUCAAUCUGUGAGGAAAUGGGUGUCAAUUAAGGCCCUUAUUUAAGGAAGGAAGGCAGCAGCUGUUGUACCUGCUGGUUUUAGCCCUCACUCAGUAAAAUGAGUUGUUCCAGACAUUGCACUAAGGGAGAAAGAACUUUGAUCAAAAGUUGAUUGGAGAGGGGGAAAUAAUUGGCUGCUCAGCUAAAAAGAUCUCAAAUAUUUUGAAAUGGGAAAGAAAAAGGAAUACUAUCAUCUGCCUACAUAAUAGAAUAAGAAUGGCAAAGAAGCAUCCAAUCAUCAGCUCCAGGGAGAUCAAAGAAGAUCUCCAUUUACCUGUGAGUACUUUAACAAUCAGAGGAUGUCUAUGUGAAGCCAAACUAUUUGCAAGAAACCCUUGUAAAAAGUAUUGAAAAGGUUACAGUUUGCCAAAGAACACACUGACUGGCCAAAAGAGAAGUGGCACAAUAUUCUAUGGACAGAUGAAAGCAAGAUUGUUCCUAUUGGGUCUGAAGGUUACAGACAGUUUGUGAGACGACCCUCAAACAACAAGCCACAGUACACUGUGACGACAGGUAAAAAAUGGAGGUGCAAGCAUAAUGGUUUGGGUAUGUUUCUCAUACUUUGGAGUGGGGCCCAUGUAUCACAUAACCGGCAUCAUAGACCAGUUUCAGUACCUAAAAAUACUGGAAGAGGUCACGCUGCCUUACGCAGAAAAAGAAAUGCCCUAAAAUGGGUGUUUCAGCAGAAAAAUGAUCCCAAACACACGAACAAGCAGGUAACAUCCUGGUUGCAGACCAAAAAGAGCCCAGCCCAAUCCCUGGACCUCAAUCUGAUUGAAAAAUUGUGGCGUGACCUCAAAAAUUCUUUUUGAUGCAAAA